AGAAGAUGACCAAGAGAAAUUCCAAUAUUAUCAGGAGUUCGUGGAACUGAUAACCGAUAUAUCAUUCCGCGAGAAUCUGCAGAACUUCUGGAAGUACCAGGACGAUGACAGCUUGAAGGGAAUCGAUCUACUGCAGUUGGCGAUUGAUGUUCAUCCAGAUGUCGCCCUGAAUGUCACUUUAUCUCAUCACGUUGAGGUACAAUGGAUUCCAGUUAUGACUGAAGAGGGCCUUUGCGUGACAUUCAAUUCAGAGUACGCGCAGUUCCAACAGACCACUGAUGUCAGGAGACGCCAUAAGCUGAUGAUGUGUCAUUAUCAUAGCGAAUUCUGCUUCGUUCGGAUCGAUGCUUUGACCCAGGGUGUCAGGUACUUCAUUCAUUCGCCAUACGACAUUGCGACAGCUAUCUCCAACCCAACAGGGGAAAUAUAUCCAGGGGAUGAACUGAACACGGAUUUUAAGAUGGUGGAGAUUGUAGCUGCUGACCGAAUAAAGAGUUUGCGGCCUGAACAAAGGCGAUGCAAAUAUCCGGACGAGUGGCUCGCGGAUUCUAUUAAGGCUUAUAGUUUCGGCCUGUGUCAAAUGCACUGCAGAACAAAGAUGGCGAUAAUGUUCUGUGGCUGCCGACCAUAUUUUCAUACUAAAGGUGAUGGGGACGUAUGUGAUUCGGACGGCAUGGCGUGUAUCGGGCGAAACGUGGAGAUACUUGUCAAUCUUCCAAAGAAUCUCGCCAAGUGCACCUGUAUACCUCAGUGUGCCGAGCUCAACUACUACUCUCAUACAAAGAAGAUCCUUGUUCGUUUUGCCGUUUGGUUUGGAUGUUGGAAUAUUAGGUGUUGCGGCGUAUUUUUAUACAAAAUUACCGAAGCCUGAAUCAAAUAAUGUUAGUAGUAUAUUUGGGCCCGAAGCUGGGUCGAAAGAGAGUGAGAAACAUCCUGACCGAGUUGUUAAAUGCAUAGCUCACCGAGGAGCUGGAUUGGACGCUCCAGAGAAUACAAUGCAGGCUUUUAAAUACUGUGUUGCAAUGGAGUGCAAUUUUGUUGAGAUGGAUGUGAGAACAUCUCGUGAUGGUCAGCUGGUGCUCCUUCAUGAUCAGGGUCUGGAACGGCUCACUGGAACUGACAUUGCCGAUGUAAGGAUCAUGGACUGGGAUAGCAUUAAGAAUAUUAAUGUUGGUGCAACACAUCCUAAUAGGCAACACUACAAAGAUGUUACUCUUUGUUUGCUUGAUGAUGCCAUAGAUUAUCUCUUGGCCAAUAAAGUUAGGAUGAUAAUUGACGUCAAGGGUGAAGACAAACAGGUAAUAAAUGGUAUUCUUCGUGUGUUCUCGUCCAAUCCAAUUUUGCAUGAAUACGCGGUUGUGACCACAUUCAACCCAUUCAUAUUAUAUCAGAUACGAAAAAAAGAUCCCAAUAUUGUUGGAGCCAUUAGCUACCGUCCGUACUGCUUUAGUGCUCUUAACUAUGAUGCUGAGAACGGACCCACAAACCCUCGAUUCGCCGGUCGUUUGGCAAUGCAGGCAUUAGUUCGCUUCUUGGACGUGAUCCACUCAGCAUUUUGGCGUUGGACAGCUCGAUGGUGUUCAGUCAGCGCAGUUCUCCUACACAAGGACAUCGUCAGUCCUCGUGAAGUGGAAUACUGGCGCGGUUUGGGCAUUCGUGUGGCUGGAUGGUGCGUGAAUAGGCCAGUCGAGAAGUUGUACUGGCGAGCUGUUCUGCGGGCGCCGUAUUUGGCCAAUACACUGAUGGGGGAGCCAGAGAUUGAAAAGAAAGUGAUGCACCAAGAUGAGUAUUCGGAUCCGGAGCGUCCAAUUCGUUGUAUGGAGCUGGAGAAAAAAUUAUCUUCCGGUCAGAAUUAAUAUAAUAAUAAAAUAAUUAUUAUUGCAUAACAUCGAGUAUCAAAUGUGCUUCGGAGACUAUUAAUUUAUUUAUAUAUAUUAAUGUACCCGUUUGAGUGGUCUUUCGUGUCCUCUCUUGUUUAUGAUGUAAAGAGUUAGUGUCGAUUUUUGAUGAAUUCUUUCAAACCAAUGUAUACGGCCAAACAAAAAAGUGGUCGGCAAGUAAGACAAGAUUUUUUACGUUUUUUAAUUGAAUGUCUGGAAUUCUCUGAAAGACAAGUAAGCAACCUGCUUCUGUGAGUCAGCGUCACAAGUAUGUGUCAAGUGUCACUUGUUACUGACUAUUGACACUUUACAAAUGACGUGUGUCGUGUGGUGUCUUGACACUUUCAAAUCGACAGUUUAUUACUGUUACUAUUUUUUUUGUUUGUUAUAUACACGCCUGGUCACGUAACUAAGUAAUCUAUAGUUAUUUACGAUGAACGCAACGCUUUACGUAAAAAGCAUUAUUUACCAAAUAUAUUUUUGUUUCUUCAGAGUAACGAACGAAAAUUUGAAGAAACUUGUGAGGUUAGAUCUUUUAAUUUAGUAGUUUUAGAUAUGUAGUUACCAUAGAACUUUUUAAUGACUUGAUACUUGUAUGUAGCCGAUAGAUUUGUCAAUGACAAAACGAUGUGAAUUGACAAUUGACUUGUCUAUGAACAAGAGCUAGAGCGAUAUGGGGCGUGAGACAAAAACGUUUGGCUAUUUGAGAGACUCUUAUCAAUCUAACGAUUCUUUUACACAAUACACAAAAGCUAUUUUCCACUGUAAUCCUGACGGAUACCAUUGUCACGUGAUGUGAUGUGAUCACGUGAUGCCUGUCAAAGUGUUUUAAUAUUGCGCCCCUUUGAACUAGUCUUUGAACUUUGUCAAGUAUACGGUUUAGCUGGAAAGCAUUUUCCAUACAAUUUAUUAAAGUGAAUUUUAUUUGAAUGAUGCUAUUAUGAACACCUAAAAUUUAUAUUAACCAUUCAAUUAUACUUGUCUUUAAUGGUAAAUGUUCUAAAAUUCGAAAUGAUUCUAUAGAAUAAUUAUUGUAAAAAGUGGGUAGUAUGUAGACUACCCACAUUACUCAUGUGCAAUUUUUUUUAGUGUUUAAUUUAUUUUUACACUCCAGUAUUUUAGUUUAUUUAUUGAAGAGUUUUUUUAUACUGUUUUUUUUUCUUUCAGUACUCUACGUCGUGUUGUUAAUAAGUGUUAUUCGAUAUAUUGUAAUUUAUUUGAAAUAUAUUGAUUUCCAAAAUGA